CGAUAUAACUAUCCUACUCCUUACAGAACAAGUCGGUGUGUCCUCCGCAGCAAUAAAAUUUUUAAUUAAUUCUCAGGACACCCCUUGCAAUUACGUCAUAUCACUCAUUAAAAGUACCGAAGUCGUUGAAUCGUUACAGUUGAAGUUUCGUGUGUACAGUUUGUGCUAUAAAACAAAAAAUCGUUAUGAGUGCUCCUGUGAAGAAGGUUCCCAUUCAUUUGCAGAGUUCUCAAAACCGCCUUUUAAUAAAGAGUGGUAGAAUUGUUAAUGACGAUGGUAUAUCAGAAAAUGAUGUUUUCAUUGAAGACGGAAUCAUUAAAGAAAUCGGUAAAAAUCUCAUUAUACCAGGUGGUACCAGAACGAUUGAUGCAAGGGGGCUAUUCCUUCUCCCAGGGGGCAUAGAUCCCCACACACAUUUAGACUUUGAAUUUAUGGGUACUGUUAGUGCUGAUGACUUUUACCAAGGGACCAAAGCUGCCAUUGCUGGAGGAACAACUAUGAUAAUCGAUUUUGUAAUUCCUAAAAAGGGCGAAUCUCUUAUCGAUGCUUACCAUUCAUAUCGCCAGAAAGCUGAUGAUAAGGUGUGUUGUGAUUAUGGAUUACACUCCGCUAUUACUAGUUGGGACCAUAAAGUCAAGAAUGAAAUGGAAAUUCUUUGUUCUAAAUAUGGGAUUAAUUCUUUUAAAAUGUUUAUGGCUUAUUCAUUUAGACUUGACGACUCCGAACUUUAUUCUGCUUUUGAAUAUAUUCGUAAAUUAGGUGCCAUAGCACUUGUUCAUGCAGAAAAUGGAGCAAUUAUUGAGAAGAACACGGAAAGAUUAUUAGAAAAGGGAAUAACGGGUCCCGAAGGGCAUGAACUUUCAAGACCUGAAGAAAUUGAAGCUGAAGCUGUAAAUCGUGCCUGUGUCAUAGCUAAACAGGUAGCUUGUCCUCUGUAUAUUGUGCAUGUGAUGAGCAAAUCAGCAGCUCAAGCACUGGUUAUUGCUCGUGAUAGAGGUUCUCAAGUUUAUGGAGAAACAUUAGUAGCUGCCUUAGCCACUGAUGGUUCACAUUAUAAACACAAAUGCUUCCAUCACGCAGCUGGCUAUGUGCUGAGUCCUCCUCUUCGGCCGGACCCCACCACCCCUCAGUUUUUAAUGAAUUACUUGAAACAGUAAGUUUCUGUUCUUUCUACGUUUUUUUUUUUGUUUAGUUAUUUUUAAUAAAUAGCUUUAAUUGUACUGCUAUCCCUGGCAUUUGGUUUUACUAUCAUUAUAUUUCUUUUUUAUGCUCUCUCAUUAUCCUUUGUGUGUCUUUAGAACUAGCUUAACAUACCUACAUUGUGGAAGGAGGUUCUUUAAAUAAUCUGAUGUAUUUUAAGAUUUAGUCGUCUUUCGACAGUAUUAAAUUCUUGUAAUGUUAAUGAAUUUUUUAAAGUGUUUUUAAUAUGUAUUGAAUGCAUCAGUGUAGAGUCAAGCAUUU